AGCAGCACAGCAUCAGUCCUCUGUUCCACAGGAGACAACAGGAAGUCAGUCUUCAUUUGGACAGGACGUGUUUGAAGGAUGGAUUCAGUCUUUUCUCUAGUCGGAUCCCAUCUCGGCUGGGAUUUCAAAAGCCUGCUGCUCUUCACGCUAAUCUUCAUCAUUGCUGCAGAUUUUAUGAAGUUCCGUCGGCCGGCCGGCUUCCCUCCAGGACCAUGGGGUCUUCCGAUCGUAGGCAGCAUGUUCUCUCUGGACCACACCAGGACCCAUGAGGUUUUCACACAGCUAGCAGGAAAGUACGGAGACAUGUUCAGCAUUCGAAUGGGCAACGAGUGGCUGGUUGUGUUGAACAGGUUUGAGGCUGUGAAAGAAGGUCUGACAACAAAGGGAGACAGCAUGGCACACCGGCCAGAUAUUCCGAUGGUGCAAGACAUAUCAGGUGGACGAGGCGUUCUUUUUAAUAACGGACCCAAAUGGAGGGAGCAGAGGCGAUUUGCACUUUCAACCCUCAGAUAUUUUGGACUUGGAAAGAAGUCCCUGGAGCCCGUCAUCCUGGAUGAAUUUAGACACUGUGCAGAAGAAUUCAGAAGCUUUAACGGUAAGCCGUUCAAUCCACAAUUUGCCAUCAACAACGCCGUCUCCAACGUCAUCAGCUUCCUGGUGUUUGGUCGUCGCUUUGAGUACAGUGAUGAGAAGUUCCAGGAAUUGUUGGGGAUGUUUAAUGAGGCAUUCCAGAUUCAAGCCUCCUUUUGGGCUCAGCUCUUCAACUCGUUCCCUGUCCUCAUGAGACAUUUGCCAGGCCCACAUCAGACGGGCAGACAGUUCUGGAGGAAGGUGUUCGACUUUGUCCGUGAAGAGGUGAACGAUCACAAAAAGACCUGGGAUCCAUCGAAUCAGAGAGACUUCAUCGACUGCUAUCUGAAGGAGAUCCAGAUGGGGAAAGCUGACAGCACCAUAGAUGAGGAAAACCUGGUUGUCAGUGUCUGGGACUUGUUUCUGGCUGGAACAGAGACCACAACCACCACCAUGCGCUGGGCGUUCCUCUACAUGGUCAAAUAUCCAGAGAUCCAAGAGAAGGUCCAGGCUGAGAUCGACAGGGUGAUUGGACAGUCCAGACAGCCAUCCAUGGAGGACCGUGUAAACCUCCCCUACACUGAUGCUGUUAUCCACGAGAUCCAGAGGAUGGGCAAUAUAGUUCCUCUCGGUGUUCCACAUUCCACCAACAGAGAAGUCCAGCUAGGAGGCUACACCAUCCCACAGGGAGUUAAAAUAGUUCCCAAUCUGACAUCUGUGAUGUUUGACAAGGAUAAGUGGAAGACGCCCUUCACCUUCAACCCGGGACACUUCCUGAACGAGGAGGGCAAAUUUGUGAAACCAGAACCGUUCAUCCCUUUCUCUGUUGGGCAGCGUCAGUGUCUCGGGGAGAAUCUGGCCAGGAUGGAGCUUUUCCUGUUGUUCACGUCCUUCAUGCAGAACUUCACCUUCUCCAUGCCUGCUGGGGUGAAGCCUUCAGUGGACUUUGUGUUUGGUGUUACUCUGGGACCAAAGAAAUACGAAAUAUUUGUUACCUCACGUCAAGAGUAAUAUUUUUUUUUCCUAAAAGAGAAAAUAAAACUACUCAUGACUUUGUCCACACAGGACAUCCGAUA